ACAGCUUCACCAAGGAUGGUGAGGCUGACACUCAGAGGCUCUUUGCUCUUCAGCUUCUUACAGCUGCUUUUCUGAUUGAGAGCACAGGGAAGAACUGGCCCUAAAAAUUCACAAAUGUGACCUUCUGGGGGCUUGUAUAGGUGUAGGUAGGUAGAGGGUCAGGGAAGAGGUGAGUUAGGUCUGGUGGAGGAGCAGCAAGAGGGUGUCCAAGGGGCACUCUUUGGCUGCAGCGACCCCCUGUCUGGGGGUGAGGAAAGGCUGGCUGGAACGUGCCCUGCCGCAAGCCGGGCGAGGAUGAGGCGCUUCCUCAGCAGAAAGGGCCGCUUCUCCCUGCGCCAGAGCAAGUCUGGGACCCGGAGUGCCGCCAAAGAUUUCUAUCUCGGUCUCCCUGCCACCAACCAGAACUGGCCAGAGGCUUUUGGCUUCAGGCUUGGAGGCACUGGACCCAGUUACAUCCUGUCCGUCGUGGAAGGCAGUAGUGCCUACCUUGCCGGCUUGCAGCCAGGUGACCAGGUGGUGGACAUUGAAGGUCAGGACGUCACCAACCUCAGCACACCAGCCCUGGUUGCUUUGGCUCAGACCCUGAAGACUGUACCACCCAGUAUUGGAGUCGUGUCUCGGAUCGAACAGAUUGACAUCACCCCAGGCCCAGAUGGCCGUUUUGGCUUCACCAUUGUGGGGGAUAGCCCUCUGAUGGUGGAGGAAUCCAUGCCUGGAGGUCCUGCAGCACGCAGUGGCCUCAAAGUAAACGACUAUGUCAUGGAGGUAAAUGGAAUCCCGGUGAAGCAUCACGAAACAGCAGCAGCCAUGAUCAAGGCAGCGCAAGGCCGACCACUCCGACUGGGCGUACUCAGCAUGGCCCGCCGACCCAAACGACUAAGCAGCAGCAUGAGGGUUCUGUCCCAGAGCGGAGACAGCAUCAGGGAGAGUCGUGCUCACAAGGCCAUGGAGUUCAAUAAGAAGGUGGAGGAGGUUCUUGGAGAGGAGCCCGAUGUGAAGGAGCACCUGUUUGAGGUGCUAAAGCAGUAUGCUGCAGACAGGGAUGUGGAGAGUCUGGCUGAAGCCUUGCCCGACAUUUUAAUUACAGAGAACCAUCAGCAGCUGAUCGACAGUGUCAGGAUCUUCAUUCCCAAAAAGCACCGGGAGCGUUUCGACGAGGUUGUCUCUCAGAGCUUGAUGAGCAGACUGAAGGGCCGCAGCUUCAGCGACCCCAGCCGUAGCCACCUCCGCCGCAGCAGGAGCGAGGACCACCCCGAGCGUCUGCUCGUCUCCACCAGGGCCAGCUCAGUGCCACGCACCCACGCAGAGGAAGGCGUGGUGCCACCUGCCAGAGGCAUGCGCAAGACCACCUCCCUCAUAGCUGGCCACUCUGGUGGCACCACCACCAACUGCAGGACAGUGAGAGUCUGUAAGGGCAACAUGAGUUUUGGCUUCACCCUCAGAGGCCAUGCUCCAGUGUGGAUUGACUCAAUCAUCCCUGGGAGCCCUGCAGACAAGGCAGGUUUAAAACCAGGAGAUCGGAUCCUUUUCUUGAAUGGACUGGACAUGAGGACCUCUUCUCAUGAAAAAGUUGUGUCCAUGCUCCAAGGAAGUGGAGCCAUGCCAACCCUGGUAGUGGAGGAAGGCCCGCCUACUUUUCCCCUGGCCGAGCAGGACCUUGCCGGGGGCGGCGUUUCCACAGACCGGGCACGCUCUCCGGUGCUCGUCUCUCUGCAGUGGGUGGCUGACAUCCUGCCACCCAGCAUCAGGGUUCAGGGGCGCACCUUUGGACAACAGCUGGAACAUCUGCUUACCAUCCAGGAGAGGUAUACCAUCUGCAAGGCUUUGGAGAACUUCUUUCAGCACAGGAACGUCGACACGCUGAUUGUGGAUGUGUUCCCAGUGCUUGAUACUCCAGCCAAACAGGUGAUCUGGCAGUUUGUUUACCAGCUGCUGACCUAUGAAGAACAGGAACACUGCCAGAACAAAAUUUCUCGAUUUCUUGGAUAUAAAGCACCAGUUCCACCACCUCCUCCUCCUCCCCCUCCUCCUCCGGAGCCUGAGUCUGCUGCCCCUGAGCCCCACCGCCGUAGCAGUUCCAUGAGGGUGACAGGGACCACAUACAGGAGUAGUGUUAGGGGACGUAGCUCUGAUGACCUGGUCAUUGGCACACACUUGGGAAUGGGUGUCCGUGCAGAGCAAGGACUGGAGACUAUGAGGUUGGCUCCAGGAGAAAGGCAGUCAGGAGAUGGAACAUCUCUUCCUGAGACUCCCAACAAUCUAACAAAUCUGUCAGCUGUGUAUGCUGAAUUGGAAAAUAUGUACUCAGCCAAGAGGUCCAAGUCUUUAAAAGGUCGCCCUCCUCCUGCUACUGAGAGUUUGCUGGACCUGGAACCUUUAUCGCGCACAGGGUCUCCUAUGUCGAUUGCUAACACAGGGGGACGAAAAGGCUCCUCCCCUCAUUCUUCAUGGCCAGAUCCUCUUCCCAGUCCACCUUCAUCCCAGUUUUACCAACCAGGCUUGACGAGCCAGAACAGUGGAGAGUCUAAUCCCUACAUAAGCCUGGACAGCCCUCCUACUUCACCUCUGGAAACAGACUUCCCGUCCAGCCCACCUGUUCACCGCAGCAACAAACGGCGGUACACCUUCUCCAAACCUCCCCGUUCAGAAGACACAGAUCGCUUUCUGGACGCUCUGAGCGAGCAGCUGGGACAGAGGGUUGCGAUUGUUGAUGACUUCCUGAACCCUGACAAUGACUACGAAGAGGAUGUUGUGCAGAUGGGAUUCCCAGAUGAAGACGAUGAAGAUAAUGAAGAUGAGCUCGGUGUGGAUGAGGAAGAAAAUGGAGGCUUUGUGGCUCCAGAGCUGAGCAGUCCGAGUGACGUCCAAAGCAGCAGCGGUGAAGAGAACGCAUCCUCUCUCACAUAUUCCUCUUCUUCUGAUCACAUUCCUCCUCCCCCUAUGACACCACCUCCACCUCCGCCUGUUCAGUUCAAUGACCCACCCCCUCCUCCUCCAGCACCUCCACAAAGUCAGCCUCAACACAAGCCAGAGCAGGAAUCUACUACCUACACUCCUGAGCACAUGCCAAGGGCAUAUGUGCCAAUCCGACGGAAAUCUGGCCCCCCUCCACCACCACCUCCACGUAGUAAUUUGCCACCAAAACGCCACUCUUUGCAUAAAGUCCUCCCUACAAGAGAAGAUCUACAGGUCCGAGCCACCUUACAAGAGCUAAAAGCAUACCAGGAGAGACAGCAAGCUUACGAGGAGAGGCAAGCAUAUGAGGAGCAAAAGGCUUAUGAGGAACAACAGCUUUAUCAGGAACAACAGGCCUUUAAGGAGAAAAUUUUAAAAGAGAGACAAGCUUAUGAAGAGCAGAAGGCUUACGAGGAGCAAAAAGCUUUUGAGGAGCAGCAAAUGUAUGAGGAGCAGAAAGCCUACCAAGACAGACAAGCAUAUGAACAGCACCAGUCUUACCAGGAACAAAAAGUACAUGAACAACAUCAAGCUUACAAAGAACAGAAGGCACUACAGGAGCUACAAGCCUACCAGGAGCAAAAGGCCUUUGAGGAGCGCCGAGUUUAUGAGGAGCGGCAAGCAUUUGAAGAAAUGCAGCAGAUAUACCAAAGUCACCAGUCUAUGCCUGCUCAGCCAACACAACAAAAAGCCCAUUCACCUCUUCCUCUCCAACAACUACAUCAGUCAUUGCCUCCGCUCCCCUCUCAAGAGACCCCCCAUCAACAUGCCAACCAUGCCCUUUACAUGAUGCGACAAGUACAGCAGCAGCAACUGGCCCACCAGAGUCAACACCACAGACGGUUGUCUCGUUCAGCGCCUCCACCACAUCAGCCCUCCCCUCACCAAUCCGCCCGCCCUAGCCAGCAAGGUCAGUAUGCAGAGGGAAUUUACCAAAGUCAUCAAGGCAUGAGACCCCAACCUCAUCAUUCGUCAACAGAGAUACUCCACCAAGGUAUAGCACAUCAUUCCUCCAAUGAUAUGCUCCAUCAGUUGCACCAAUCCCAGGCACACCACUCCUCAACUGAGAUGCUUCAGCAAAUGCAACAGGCCCAUGCUCACUACUCGUCAUCAGAAAUGCUUCACCAAAUGCACAAAGGCAAGGCCCAUCACUCCUCGGCUGAGCUGUUACACCAAUCUCAACAAAUGCAGCAAAUGAUGCCUCACCACUCCUCAACCGAACUUCUCCAUCAGGCUCACCAGAUGCACAGAGGCCAAGCCCAUCAUUCAUCAAGUGAGCUUCUCCAUCAGGUCUAUGAACACAAGCCCCAUCACUCAUCUACAGAACUCCUCCAUCAAGCCGGUCAAGUGCUCCAACCAAAGGCGCAUCACUCCUCCACGGAAAUUUUGAAUGAAAUUCAGCAGGAACCUGCCUCCCUCCCAGUCCAGUUUACACGUGAAAGCCAGUCCCAUCAGAGUCGCAGGAGUAUCAAAGGCCAUCAUCAGACAGAUGUGUCCUUACAAGGAAGACACAAAGACCAGCAGAUCCAACAAAUCCAUCAACCCCAGCCCACUAAACCUUCUCCUCAAAGACCCCAUUCCAUCCAGCAGACUCACCACCAUUCCAGUACACCUCAGAUCCACCACAUCCACCACAUGACCCCUCAGCCCCCUCCCCCCCAGAGCUACCAACACCACAUUCAGGUCAUUCAUCCUCCUCAGCAGCCACAUAGACCACAGCCACUGCUCUCAACUUUUCAACCUCUCCAACUUCACCAACCCACCCGCUCCACCUUCCAGCCCCUACCCCAGCUCCAUCAGUCACAGCAUAAUGUCCAGUCCGCCACCCAAACCGGCCGUCCACAGUCUCAGCCCUCGCAUCACCUCCUGCAGUCCCAACAGCAGCAUCAAGCCCAAACUCACCACAAGCAAUCUCAGAGCCAGAGUCAGCCCCAGUCCCUCCCUCACUCCCUAUCUGAUCCCACAGAGCAUAUGGGACCACCUCCUCCACCACCUCUUCCACCCCCAUGCUCCCCUCCACCGCUGCCAAGACCCAGUCUGUCUCGGAUGGACUCACACCACAUGAGUGUGAAGAGGCUGCGCUGGGAGCAGGUUGAGAAUUCAGAGGGAACCAUAUGGGGACAGUUGGGAGAGACUUCUGAUUAUGAAAAGUUGCAUGACAUGGUGAAAUAUCUGGACCUGGAGCUGCACUUUGGUACACAGAAGAGCUCAUUGUCUGCUCCAGAGCCUCCUCAGCACCUGGAAACCUUCAAGAAGAAAGAUGUUAUAGAGAUUCUGUCCCAUAAGAAGGCUUACAAUGCCUCUAUCCUGAUAGCCCACCUGAAGCUCUCUCCUGGGGACCUCCGCCAGGUACUGAUGAACAUGGCUGCAGACAGACUGGAAGCCGCCCACAUCAAACAGCUUCUGCUGUACGCUCCUGAUGCAGAGGAGGUGAAAAAAUACAAAGAUUACAGAGAGGACCCCAGCAAACUCAGCGAGCCGGACCAGUUCAUGCUCCAGAUGUUGUCUGUACCAGAGUAUAACACCCGUCUGCAGAGUCUCCUCUUCAAGUGUUCACUUCAGGAGAAGACGGAGGAGCUGAGGGGAGCCUUUGAUUGUAUCAUCAAUGCCUCUAUGGAGCUGAAGACCAGCAAGAAACUGGCUAAGAUACUAGAGUUUGUGCUGGCAAUGGGAAAUUAUUUGAAUAACAGCCAACCAAAAACAAACAAGACCACAGGCUUCAAGAUCAACUUUCUGACAGAGUUGAGCACUACUAAAACUGUUGAUGGGAAGUCGACGUUUCUGCACAUCCUGGUUAAGUCUUUGUGUCAACACUUUCCGGAAGUGUUGGAUUUUUCCAAAGAUCUUACAAUGGUCCCGCUUGCAGCAAAAGUGAACCAAAGGACUGUGACUUCAGAUGUGAAUGACAUAAACGCGACCAUCCAGGAUAUCCGCUCAGCUUGUCAGAAGAUGCCUGCGACUGCAGAGGAUCGCUUUGCUGUUGUCAUGAGUAACUUCUUGGAAAAUAGUCAUCCAGCAAUUCAGUCCCUGGAAUCGCUCCAACAGAGAGCCAUGGAAGAGUUCAGCAAGACAGCCUCAUACUUUGGUGAAGAUAGCAAAGCUACAACAACAGAGGCUUUCUUUGGUAUAUUUGCUGAGUUUAUGAACAAGUUUGAGAGAGCUCUGAGCGAUCAACAAACGACAGAAAUCCCAAAGAGCCCUAGAAGCCCUCGAAUGGCCUCCCCACAGGCCUGGUAACAUGCAUUCACAGGUGUAACUGAGACUGAACCUUACAGCAGCUGAAACCUUUUACAUACAGAUUCAAACCCAAUGUAUGCUGAACAUACACAAACCUGUGGACACAGCAUCAAUAAAAGAAGGAAAAUGGAAGAUUGGACAUUUUUUCCUACGCUGAACCCCUGAACAUCAGUAGUGUUCAUGUUCCUUCCUGCAUAGAAAACAAUGAAAAGGUUCUGAUUUCAAACUUUAUCCAGUUUUUAAGCAUAUCUUUACUGUCUGAACGAUAGAUAGUCGCUAAUAUGCCGCAGUUUAAGCUGUAUUUCUCUAAGCACCUGUGUAUUCCGGUACAAUGACAAUAAAGGUAAAAUAUUUGUUGCAUAUCUUUGAAUAAGACAAUUAUAUUUAUUAAAUCUUGAAUAAGGUAUGAGCUUUGAUUAAAACUCAGUGCAAUAUAUGAUUCUGUGGAAAUCACAGAAGCUGUUGAAAUAGUAGACUUGGUCUCUACUUUCAUCAGACGCCCACCACUCUGAAUGUAACAAAUGCUCUUUAACAAAUGUUCCUUCCAAAGUAAUUUCUCCUAAGAACAAAACGGGAACGUCAAACUCAGCGCAGGCGUCCUGCAACUUUUAGAUAUAUCCCUGGUCAAAUCUCAAUCAAAUGGCUGAAUAUCCUCCUCAGUGAGCUGAUUAUUAGUUCACGUGUGUUAAAACAAAAGCCGACACACGAUGACUGGAGUUUGACACUGCUGGAUGAAAUGUCGUUUUAUUUGUUGUCUGGUUAAGCCUCCCUAUGUGCACACUUUCUUAACGUAUGCUUAUGGAUGAUGCUUGUAAUUAUUGCGUCCUUCUUAUAGAAUACAGUGUUAAUGUGGGCUGCAGCUAGCUGUUUGUUUUAUAGAAAAUAAUGCAAUCUGUAUACAGGGAGGAUUGCAGAAUUGGGAUCAUUUCAGUCCUAAAGCGGGCCGAUGCAAUGUGUGAAUGUCAGAGCUCCUCUGUUAGCUACUGCAGUCAUUACAUUUUAACAGAGAUGUAUGAUGUGGUGACUAAAAAGACGGAGACGGUGUAAAUGAUGUAAAUGCUACUCCUUGGAGCACCCUAUUGCUUUUUUUUUCAUUAUUCCUACAUUUCCUUAAUUCUGUUUUAUCUAACUGGAUUUUAAUGUGUUUCUAGGCAGACUGUAGCAAUAAUUCAGUGAUGUUUUUUUAGUUUAAAAUAAAACAGAUUUACCUUGAUAUUACACAUAACUACAAUGCCUGGCGAACUUAUUCAUACCCCUUGAGCUUUUUCACAUUUUGUCAAAAUACAAUCACAAACGUUAAAUGUAUAGUGGAGGAUUUUUGUGAAUUUUGACAACCAACCCUAAAAAAAAAGCCGCUGCACAACCCUUAACCCGCUUAACCCUAUUAGACGCGUGGGAGAGCAUGCACAAGCCCAUUUCUCCUCAUGCGUGUUCUGUUUAA